UCUUUUUUUUGGGCCUGUUGUUAACACGAUAGGGUACUUCAUGCAUGGGGUUUGUAAGGAAGGAGAUAACUGUCGCUACUCGCACGACCUUUCUGACAGCCCGUAUGGUAUAGUGUGCAAGUAUUUUCAGCGAGGAUACUAUAUUUACAGAGACCGCUGCAGAUAUGAACACAGCAAGCCAUCAAAACAGGAAGAAGCGACUGCUGCAGAUCUAAGUGCAGAAUCAUCUGUUGCUGCUUCAAGUCUCUUAUCAGUAGUUGGACCAGUUGCUGAAAUAAAUAUGGGCAAGGCUGAGUCAAGAAAUUCAAACUUUGCAACUGUAGGAGCAGGCUCAGAAGACUGGGUGAAUGCCAUUGAGUUUGUUCCUGGGCAGCCCUACUGUGGCCUUACAGCCCUUUCCUGCACUGAAGCGCCCCUGCAGGGCUCAGUGACCAAGGAGGAACCUGAGAAAGAGCAACCAGUAGGGGAAACAAAGAAGCAACUUUGCCCUUAUGCUGCAGUGGGAGAAUGCCGGUAUGGGGAAAACUGUGUGUAUUUCCACGGAGACUCCUGUGACAUGUGUGGGCUGCAGGUCCUCUAUCCAAUGGAUGCUGCUCAGAUCAUAAAAUCUUGCAUCGAGGCCCAUGAGAAGGACAUGGAGCUCUCGUUCGCCAUGCAGCGCAGUAAGGACAUGGUGUGUGGGAUCUGCAUGGAGGUGGUCUAUGAGAAGGCCAAACCCAGUGAGCGCCGCUUUGGGAUUCUUUCCAACAACUGCAGCCACACCUACUGUCUGAAGUGUAUUCGCAAGUGGAGGAGUGCUAAGCAAUUUGAGAGCAAGAUCAUAAAGUCCUGCCCAGAAUGCCGGAUCACAUCUACCUUUGUCAUUCCAAGUGAGUACUGGGUGGAGGAGAAAGAAGAGAAGCAGAAACUCAUUCAGAAAUACAAGGAGGCAAUGAGCAACAAGGUGUGCAGGUAUUUUGAUGAAGGAUGUGGGAGCUGCCCAUUUGGAGGGAACUGUUUUUACAAGCAUGCAUACCCUGAUGGCCAUAGAGGGGAGCCACAGAGACAGAAAGUGGGAACAUCAAGCAGAUACCGGGCCCAACGAAGGAACCACUUCUGGGAGCUCAUUGAGGAAAGAGAGAACAGCAACCCCUUUGACAACUAUGAAGAAGAGGUCGUGACCUUUGAGCUGGGCGAGAUGUUGCUUAUGCUUUUGGCUGCAGGUGGGGACGACGACCUGACAGACUCUGAAGACAAGUGGGACUUGUUUCACGACGAGCUGGAAGAUUUCUAUGACUUGGAUCUAUAGCAGCUUCGUGUGGCGUGCGAGCUGGGCCGCAAGCCCGACAGUGGCCGUCCCCUGUG